UUGAGAACAUUUGUUUUAAAAUUUCAAAAAAAAAAAAUAAGUUCGAAAUCUGUAGUAAUUAAAUUAAACACUUCAAAAACCAAGUAAUGCAUUAACAAAGCGCCAUGGCCAAGAAGGGCGGAGUACAACAGUUGCAGGCCGACAUACAAACGGAUGAGGAUUUUGAAAAAUUCCUCGAGCGUCCUGGCUUGUUGGUGUUGGAUAUCUACUCAGAGUGGUGUGGCCCUUGCCUCGGUAUGGUUGGCAGUUUGCGUAAGAUAAAAUUGGAAAUCGGUGGCGAUAAUUUACAUCUGGGUAUUUGUAAAGCGGAUACGAUAUCAUACCUGAAACGCUUCUGCAAGAAGAGUGAGCCCACAUGGAUGUUCGUUACAAAAGGUAAAUCCACAAACCUCUUAUUCGGUUCGAAUACACCGAAACUGAUGAAACUCAUAGCACAAGAGCUCGAAUUACUCAACAAACCACGCACUUUCUACGAAAUCACCGAACUCCAACCGGAGGAAGAGCGUCGUCGCAAAAUCAAAUUGGAUGCCGAGAUGGAGGCGGUUAACAAAGAGAAGGCAGCGAAGAAGAAGAAACGUCAUGACUAUUUAAAUUCGAUGACAGAUACGAUUAUCGAGAAUAUACCCGAUAUGGGUGUAACUGUUUUUGGACCACAAGUUAAUCGUGAUAUGUAUAAGAAAAUACUCGAACCGGCCGAAAAUAUGAAACUGCAGUGUAAGGACCGACGUGUUAUCAGUGUCUCACGCGCCGAUUUCGAUAUUGUGAAUUACGCCUGUCCCAAUCCCUUGCCCGAUGACGUGCUCGAGCAGUUGGAUCAAAGAGAUUUGAUGAUGUGCUUUUGGAAAAUGCCCGAAGAUGAUCGUCGUCCCAUACCGGAAGUGUUGAACAAAUAUGCGCAUGAGUUGACGAAGGAGCGACACGAGGUAGAUGAUCUUACCGAAGAAGAAAUAGUUCACCCACCGAUUAUAGUGCCGAUGGAUUUGACAAUUGAAAUAGAAUUACAGGAGGGUGAGGAAUGGGAGGAAGAUGAAACGGAGCCUGAGCCAGCGUCCGCGCCUACGGCAUCGAACAAGAAGGGUCAUAAGAAAGAGGAACAAGCAGCACCAGCGGUUGCAGCCGAGCCAGCCGAAGGCGAGGAAGAUGAAGCUGAGGAAGGCAGUGAAGGCGAUGAAGGUGAAGGCGGCGAAGCUGGCGAAGGAUCUGAAAUGCCCGAACUACAAUUAGAUCUAGAUCUAGAUCUCGAUCUGGACUUUGACUUGGGCGAAAUGGAAGAGGGUGAGACCGAAGCCGAACCAGAACCAGAAGUUGAAAUUGUUGUGAAGAAGCGUUAUCGCAAGAAAAUCAUACGCGUACCACCCAUUUGGGUAGCGGCCAAUGCACGCACACACGCCGCGCUCAUUUACGUAUUCUUCCGCCAACAAACGUCCGGUUUCUUGCCACCGGAUCCGGUGCCAGAGCCGCCACAUAUUAUCAUGGCUUUCGAUGCUUAUAAAAAACGAGAUUUGUUGAGUGUAAUGGAGCGGCUAAAGGAUGAUGUGCCCCGAUAUGGUUUCUUUAGCAGCGACGAAGCGGAUGAGGCUAAAUUGAUCGCGAACUCAGCUACGAAAUAUGCCACAAUGCCGCAAAAUCCCGCUGACAAAAUCGUGUUCAAGGUUAACAAACAAACUUCGCACACAAUGCUCUCUUUGGCCACCUACGGUCCGAGUUAUGUGAGUGCAGACGCGGUUAUCGGACAACAGGAAGCGCUGAAAUUCUUCCCAGAAACAUACAAGACGGCCGAACAGGAGGCCAUCGAGGCAGCCGAAAAGGAAGCUUUGAAACCGAAGAAAAAGAAGAAGCGUUCGCAGCAUGACUUAAAGACCGAGGCCACGGAGGCAGCCGUUACAACAAGUGGCGAAGAAAGCGGCGAAAGUCGACCUACAACAGCGCCAGAAGAGCAAGGUGAAGCACAGGAAGGAGCUGAGGGGGCGGAAGGUGAGGAAGUGCCACCGGAAGAAGGCGGUGCGCCGCCGACAGAUGCUGAGGGUGCACCAACGCCAGCACCUGGCGAGGAAUUAGCGCCGCCAACAGAGGUAAAUGCUGCGGCUGAAGACGGUGUUGCCGAUGUGGAAGCAGCUGGUGAUAAUCCACCGCCGCCAGCCCCAGAAGCAAAUGCUGAAGCCCCAGCAGUGGAAGCUAUCCUCGCUGCGGAGUAAGGCGCUUAAAUGACUAACUAACAAACUAAAUAGUAAAGGAGUUAAGGCAAUUUUUUUGUUUUUAUUUUUAUUUCAAGCGAUAUUUAUGUGUAUUUGUGUACGAAUCGUAUAAAACACUCAAUUUAUAUUGGUAUUACAGUUUAGUAAUUCAAGCAGAAGCGUAAAAUAGAACUUCGCUAACGUACAAGUACACGUUCAGAGAUAUAUAAAUAAAAAAAAAUAGAUAACUUAUCAUAACAUUUUACGUGUAAAAUUGAUCGUUUUGCAAUUCAACGUAGUUGUAUUAAAAAAUAAAUAGAAAGUUUGCGUAAA